AAUCUACUAAAGAAAGCUGAUGAUUACAGGGAAAAAGGAGCAAUUUUGUUGGAUGAUUUGGAAAUUGAGAAUGCAAGCAUUAUAGUGGACAUGUUCAAAAGUGGAGAGAAAACAGCUCUCCACGCUGAGUUUAAGCUCUCAAUCAACGUCUAUCUCUCAGAAAUUGAAAUCUCCCCCAUUAGAUCCCUUGCAGAUGCCACCGACUUCAACAACAAACACAGCGCUGAAGAAAGGAUAGCGGAGUAUGGUCAGGAUAUCUUCUUGGCCGCCCAAAAGGCAAACGGAAUGGGUAUAGUAGAGAAAAAGAUUCUGAAGAGAUUGGCCAAGUAUUCUGCUAAUGGAUUAGAGAAGCUAAUGAAGGAGAACAAGCUGGAUGGCUUCGUAACUCCGAACAGCUUAGCGGCUUCAAUCCUCUCCAUCGGUGGCUACCCAGGAAUUGUUGUCCCUGCUGGUUAUACAAACCACGGCGUUCCACUCGGCAUCUGCUUCGGCGGAUCUAAAGGUUUCGAACCGAAGCUCAUCGAAAUAGCUUAG